AUGCCUCAGGGGCCCGGCUCUCUGCUCCUGCUCUUCCUCGCCUCCCACUGCUGCCUGGGCUCCGCUCGUGGGCUCUUCCUCUUCGGGCAGCCCGAUUUCUCCUACAAGAGGAGCAACUGCAAGCCCAUCCCCGCCAACCUGCAGCUAUGCCACGGCAUCGAGUACCAGAACAUGCGGUUGCCCAACCUCCUGGGCCACGAGACCAUGAAGGAGGUGCUGGAACAGGCGGGCGCCUGGAUCCCGCUCGUCAUGAAGCAGUGCCACCCGGACACCAAGAAGUUCCUCUGCUCGCUCUUCGCCCCAGUCUGCCUCGAUGACCUGGACGAGACCAUUCAACCCUGCCAUUCGCUGUGCGUGCAGGUGAAAGACCGCUGCGCCCCGGUCAUGUCCGCCUUCGGUUUUCCCUGGCCCGACAUGCUGGAAUGUGACCGCUUCCCGCUGGACAACGACCUCUGCAUCCCUCUGGCCAGCAGCGAUCACCUCUUGCUGGCCACUGAGGAAGCUCCUAAGGUGUGUGAAGCCUGCAAAAACAGAAAUGAUGAUGACAACGACAUCAUGGAAACCCUUUGCAAAAAUGACUUUGCACUGAAGAUAAAAGUGAAAGAGAUAACUUAUAUCAAUCGAGACACCAAGAUCAUCCUGGAAACAAAAAGCAAGACUAUUUACAAGCUGAACGGAGUGUCCGAACGGGAUCUGAAGAAAUCCGUGUUGUGGCUCAAGGACAGCCUGCAGUGCACCUGUGAGGAGAUGAAUGACAUCAAUGCUCCCUACCUGGUCAUGGGACAGAAGCAGGGUGGGGAGCUGGUGAUCACCUCCGUGAAGCGGUGGCAGAAAGGGCAGCGAGAGUUUAAGCGAAUCUCCCGCAGCAUCCGCAAGCUCCAAUGCUAAUCCCUUCCUGCCUGCCUGGGUUCCUGGCCUGGUGCAUCCCGGUGGUUCUGCUCCCUGGCCA